AGUCUCCCUCCAUCUCCAACUCCGCGGCCCUUCGCCUCUCCACUCCGCCUGCCCUUUUUCUGGAAAUGGUCUGGAACUGAUUAUUUGCUUCCUAACCCCUCCUACAAGACGAUUAACGAAGACUUUGAGUGAAGCCCCAAAAUUGCUGAAGGGACACUUCAGCGACGAGGCAACGCAGAGGCAAUUUCGGCGGGCCGCCGUGCAACCCCCACUCGCGCGCGCCGAGUGCAGAAUACUCGUUUGUAAUCGACUCGUUAGCGUCUCAACGAGACACGGACAGUCGCCGUGAGUGUGACAGUGUGCGGCUUUUACUAUGGUAGACACUCUUACUUGCUAUACAGCUAGUCGUGAUGAUGAUGUCGCGAGGGACGAAUGCGACGUCGUGACCACCGCAGGUCACGGCGAAGCGGCAAACUCGGGGAAAUUCGCGCCCUCGCCGCGCGCAUCGGCGGCGGCGGCGGAGGAAAACCCGGCGAGCUGCGGCAUGAGCCACGGCAUCGCUCCGCAGCUGUACGACGAUGACGAGCGGCGCGCGAUGUCGCGGGAACUACUCGCGCUUCAGUCGCAGGAGCUCCGCCUUCUGCAGCAGAUCCAGCGGGAGGAGCUGCGCGCCAUUCUCCACGGCGGCGGGGGGGACUGCGGCGGCUGCGGCGCCGCUCCGCGGCCGCCGACGAGGCUAGACCAGCGCGGAUUGGACGUGAACUUCUCCCUGCUGGCGAUGGCGGGGAUUCAGGAUUCCGCGGACCUCUCGCUCCCGUCAUCUUCCGGGCGCCUGGCGGGGAUUCUGGACCCCGCGUUCAGUCCCGCCACGGGCGGAUGGGGCGGCGGAACCAUGAUCCCCCCCGCCUUCAGUCCCGCCAUGGGCGGAUGGGGCGGAGCUAGUAACCCUUCCGCCGCCUUCGGUCCCGCCAUGAGCGCGGGAUGGGGCAGUCUGAGGCGGGGUGGCUCGGGGAGAUCAGCCUUAGGCGUAGCGGGGAUGCAGUGCGGUUCAGAGCGGCGAUCGCCGUUCUCCCGGUUUCAGCUAGCCAGCCAUGUUGCUGUUCCUGGGGUUGAUUUUAUCGGGCUGCGGCCGUCAGACUCAGCCUGUUCAACAGAAACGGCUUGUGAAUUCGAGCUUUCUCAGAUGGGCGCAAUGUGCGCAGAGCUGGGGAAGGAGGUGCGGGGAGGGCAGGCGGGGGAAUGCGCAGGGCCAGAAUCCGCUGCAGUCUCAUCCGCCGCCGCUUCGGCCGAAGAACUAAGACUGGAGAAUUUUGGAGCUUGCGAAUCUGGUGGAAAUUCCACCAGCAGUGGAUGUUCGUCCCACUGCUCGCCUAGCAGCAGCCAGUCGAGCUGGGGACAGGCGGCAGCAUGUGACGGAGAGGGGGAGAGGGGUGGUGAUGAGGUUGUAGGGGUUGUUUCUAAGAGCCAUGAGAAGAAGUAUGAUGCCAGCGUUGGAUGCAGCGUAAUCAAGGGUGAUGAUAUGUGCAGAGGUAGGAAUGGUAGUAAGCCAGGAACAGCAUGGUGGCAUAUCGUGGGAGGUUGUUUCAAUGCUCCAUCUGUGAAAUAAACUUUACCGUAACUCAAAAUGUGCAUUGU